CCAAAUCUCAAAUUCGUCGGUUCUACAAACAAAAUUUCUCGAUCUCAGCGAUUUCAGAAGCAAAAUCAGAACAAUUAGGGCAAAAUUUCAUUCGAAUUCGAAGAAAAAGAAAUAAAAAAAAAAACAGAGUAAUAGCAGAGUAAUGGAAUCGGGGCAGAACGAUGAGUACAGAGCGAUCCUAAUCAAUUUCGAGCAGACGGAGCUACGGCUAGGCUUGCCCGGUGGCGAUGGCGGCGAAGUCAACGGCGGGAAGAGUAGUUCGGCGGGGAAGAGAGGGUUUAUGGAAACUGUGGAUUUGAAGCUUAAUUUAUCUUGUACAAUGGCGUCGGUAAAGGAGGAGCCGACGAAUUUGGAAGAGAUUAAGAAUUCUUCGCAACGCUCUAACGAUUUUGCUAAACCUCCUUCCAAAGCACAAGUAGUGGGUUGGCCACCAGUUAGAUCAUCAAGGAAGAAUUUGGGAGCAGCGAGGAACGGCGGCGAUGACGGUGGCGCGUCGUUCGUAAAAGUCAGUAUGGACGGUGCGCCUUAUUUACGUAAGGUGGACUUGAAGCUAUACGGCAGCUACAAAGACCUCUCUCAUGCCCUUGCAAAUAUGUUUAGCUCCUUCACUAUUGGAAAGUGUGAAUCAGAAGGAAAAUUGGUAGACCUUCUGAAUGGCUCAGAAUAUGUACCCACUUAUGAAGACAAAGAUGGAGAUUGGAUGCUUGUUGGUGAUGUCCCAUGGGAGAUGUUUGUUGAUUCAUGCAAACGUUUGAGGAUCAUGAAAGAGUCUGAAGCCAUUGGAUUAGCACCAAGAGCAAUGGAGAAACAAAAGAACAGAAGCUGAGCUGUUUUUGCCUUUAUAAAAAAUUGUUUGUUAUGUACCAUUUUUCAAUUUUUUUUUCUUCUAAUUAAUAUAUAUAUAUAUAAGAACAAUUGAUGUUGAAUUUGUAAGGAUGUAUAAAUUCAACAUUAGCAUAGAGUGGUUUUAUGUACAAUUUCUAUUUAAACUUUAACCUUUCACAUUAUAUAUUGCAUCCUCCUUUUUGUUUU